AUGACUUUCGCAUCUGACAAGAACCCGAAAAGCUCAUUGCAGACCCGCCCCGAAGAUGAUGCUGUACGAUACGAACCGCUGGGUGCCAUCAUUCUGUCCGAGAGUCUAAAGCUGUUUGUUUCCCUAGCCGGCGCCGCCUUGGCCUUUCUCAGUCACACGGCCGCCGGCACCUCUCAGUCGUCCUCCAGCUUCCUGGCUUAUGUCCGGGGUGGCCAUGACAACUCCGCUAUCCCGGCUUUUCUCUACACGUUAUCGGCCACGAGCCAGAGUCUGGGCGCAUACCAUCUUGACAUUAUACCCUACCUGAUGCUUUCGCAAGUCAAACUCAUCUUGACUCCUAUCUUCAGCAAGGCCCUCCUGAAGCAGACGCUGAAACCGCAUCAAUGGAUGUGCCUGGUCGCCAUGGCAACGGGUAUGGUGUUGGUGCAGGUCGCUUCAGCUGCACGAUCAUUCCACGCUGACGGUCCACGCGUCGCUCAAGACGGCAAAGAUGUCCUCUUUGGCGCCGUCGCCAUGUUGGUCGCUGGCUGUUGCAGCGCCUUCGCCGGUGUUUACAUGGAGGCCGUCCUGAAGGCGUCGGAACAUGGCUUCAUGGUCCGCAACGCUCAGCUGGCCGCUUACGGUUGCCUUUGUGCCAUCGGCGGCUUCUUGUGGCACUCUGACUUCAGACUGGAAGGCUUCUUCCGCGGCUAUAACGCUUUGGUCUGGGUUUUGAUCUCUCUACAAGCCACGGGAGGGUUCCUGGUAUCGUGGGCAGUCCGCAUAGCCAGCACUAUUGCCAAGAACUACGCGCAAAGCCUCGGCUUUUUAGCAGCAUCCACGAUCCCGAUGCUUUCAUCGUCAUACCCGUUGAGUUCCGAGCUGUACUUUGGCAUCGCGCUAGUUCUGGGAGGCGUGUUUGGUUCUUUGUGGAAGAACGAGGUGCAAGUCAGCGGGGCAAAAGAUGGGGAUGAAAGCAACAGGAAACCUAGAAACGAAUCAAUAGUCUAA